UUCCCGUCAAUUUAUCCGGACUAUCAGGGUGAGUCCCUGAUCCCCAAUCAGCACCAACGGCGUCCCAGGCGGUUGGCAGAUCCGGCCCGGACAACGUAGCCGCGGCUCGCAAGACCGACGGAAUGGCGGAGGUUCUCAAUCUGGACAGCAUCAUUUCCCGCCUCCUGGAGGUGCGUGGCGCCCGACCGGGCAAGAAUGUCCAGUUGUCCGAGGGUGAGAUACGCGGGUUGUGCCUUAAAUCCCGUGAGAUCCUGCUGGCCCAACCUAUAUUACUUGAACUUGAGGCCCCGCUCAAGAUUUGCGGCGACAUCCAUGGCCAGUACUAUGAUCUAUUGCGCCUCUUCGAGUACGGCGGCUAUCCGCCCGAAUCCAACUAUCUGUUCCUGGGCGACUAUGUCGAUAGGGGCAAACAGUCGCUGGAAACCAUCUGCCUGCUGUUGGCCUACAAGAUCAAGUACUCGGAGAAUUUCUUCCUGCUCCGCGGCAAUCACGAAUGCGCCAGCAUCAAUAGGAUCUAUGGAUUCUACGAUGAGUGCAAGCGCCGGUAUACGAUCAAGUUGUGGAAGACCUUCACCGAUUGCUUCAACUGCCUGCCCGUGGUGGCGAUUGUCGAUGAGAAGAUCUUCUGCUGCCACGGGGGCUUGUCACCGGAUCUGACCUCCAUGGAGCAGAUACGCCGCAUAAUGCGACCCACCGAUGUGCCGGAUCAGGGACUCCUGUGCGACCUCCUUUGGUCCGAUCCCGACAAGGACACCAUUGGCUGGGGUGAAAACGAUCGCGGCGUGAGCUUCACCUUUGGCGCCGAGGUGGUGGGCAAGUUUCUGCAGAAACAUGACCUUGACUUGAUUUGUCGCGCCCAUCAGGUGGUGGAGGAUGGCUAUGAGUUCUUCGCCAAACGCCAACUGGUCACACUUUUCUCGGCGCCCAACUAUUGCGGCGAAUUCGAUAAUGCCGGGGCCAUGAUGUCCGUGGACGAUACGCUAAUGUGCUCCUUCCAGAUCCUAAAGCCCGUGGAGAAGCGCAAAAAGUAGAAGAUCUCAAGAAAAAUCGAACCCCAAGAACAUAUAUCACGAAACAUAGACAACACAAAACAAAUCCCCGUCCCACACUCUCACUCGAAAACAAAGAAAACGAAUGCCUAUCAUGAUUACUAUGUCGUCAACUGGAUCUAAGAACACGCCCCGACCUCAACAUGGAUCGCAAAUGGAAUGUACUGAUGAUUUUAAUCCGCACUUUGGUUGUGUAUAAAGAAUUCUAACGAGUCAA